AUGAGAAAUCUAAAACAAGACGAUUUUCCUGGUAGAUCUCGAUUAAGACCUGAUGCUUUCGUUCUUGAAAAUUACCAAAGGAUAAGAAGGAGAGGAAACGAUUACGGAGAUAGAAUUGCAAGUAAGCGAGGACAAAAACGUAAAAAAAGCAACGAAAGAAUUGAGAGCACAAGACGUGAUGUUAAGAAGCAGAAGGUGAACGGCAAUAAGAGGAAAGAAAACAAAUUCGAGGCGAAGGAAAGACGUGAACAGUUUUCAAAACCUGCUACAAAUCCUGCUGUUAAAGUAAAGGAUCUGUCCAACUCAGAUGAAGAUGCUGAAACAGAAAAGAAUUAUUCAACGGUGCAAGAAACAUGGGGAAAGAAGGACCCACUCACACCUAAACGAAAUCCAAAAAUCAGCCAGUUUCAACAAUCUCCAACCAUGCAAUUAAGUAAAAAAAAACAACGAAAGAAUUGAGAGCACAAGACGCGAUGUUAAGAAGCAGAAGGUGAACGGCAAUAAGAAGAAAAAAAAUAAAUUCGAGGCGAAGGAAAGACGUGAACAGUUUUCAAAACCUGCUACAAAUCCUGCUGUUAAAGUAAAGGAUCUGUCCAACUCAGAUGAAGAUGCUGAAACAGAAAAGAAUUAUUCAACUGUGCAAGAAACAUGGGGAAAGAAGGACGCACUCACACCUAAACAAAAUCCAAAAAUCAGCCAGUUUCAACAAUCUCCAACCAUGUCAUUAAGUAAAAAAAACAACGAAAGAAUUGAGAGCACAAGACGUGAUGUUAAGAAGCAGAAGGUGAACGGCAAUAAGAAGAAAGAAAAUAAAUUCGAGGCGAAGGAAAGACGUGAACAGUUUUCAAAACCUGCUACAAAUCCUGCUGUUAAAGUAAAGGAUCUGUCCAACUCAGAUGAAGAUGCUGAAACAGAAAAGAAUUAUUCAACUGUGCAAGAAACAUGGGGAAAGAAGGACCCACUCACGCCUAAACGAAAUCCUAAAAUCGGCCAGUUUCAACAAUCUCCAACCAUACCAUUAAGUAAAACUCCUGACGUGAAAAAGAAAAAUAAUUUGAAAAAGAAACCAUCUUCAGCAUUUUUCAAUUUUUUACACAGCAGAGGGAAAAAACAUCGAGCAGCUGAACGUCGGAAAAUCCCUGAACUGGCUAAAGAGGCUGGUGAGUUAUGGCGACAUUUGCCGCAGGGAGAUAAAGACAGAUUUAAGGAAACAUCCGAGAAAGAAGGAACUAAAGUUAAAGAAUUUCAACCGGGAAAAAUAAAGAAUCCAUCAAAAAAGGGACAUUUAAAUGAAAUGAAUAGAGAAAAUGGUCAAAGUGUACAAUCUAAAGGUGAAAGAAAUGUAUCUUAUCCCAGUUCAAAUCAAUACAGAGGGCUGAUAAACAAAGCAAAUCAUUGCUGGAUGAACUGUCUAGUGCAAUGUCUAAAUGCUUCAAAUAUGAAAGAGUUUCUUUUCUCCCUUUGUAGCCCAACAAUUCAUCCACUUAUUGAUGCUUUAGUAAAUACACUAAAGAAGCUUAAUGGAAACAAUCAUCAACCGUACUACCCUGGCAAGCUAUACAAAUCGUUUAUUAAUGAGUUUGGUUAUGUUCAAGGACGGCAGUACGAUAUCCAUGAGAGUUUGACCUCUUUAUCUUCCGUAAGUCUAUCAGACAACAGCAAGAUUGCCGAUCUUUUUUCAGGUUUACAUCAGUAUGAUAAAACCUGUCUCAAUUGCUACAAAAGAGAGAAUAUACAUGCCGAGAAAUUUUUCUCUUUUUUUAUUCCUUUGGAUCAAGAUAUAACCAACCUUGUAGAUAGUUUACACGACAGCCUCACAGAUGUUGUAGAAAUGUUCUGUGAAGUAUGUAAUAAACAGACACACCACUUCAGAAAUGGUUAUCUGUUAGAAUUACCAACAACCUUGGUGGUGACCUUUAAAAGAUUCCAAAUAGAUGAAGAUCAGAGAGAGAAGAAUCACGCUACAGUAUCUCUACCCAGGCACUUCAGCCUCAAUGCUGGCGAAAACUAUCGACGUUAUAACUUGACAUCAUGCGCAUUACAUUAUGGACAACGUAUCGACUGUGGACAUUACACAGCUGUUGUAUUCGAUGAAAACAGUGUGUUGGAAAUCAACGACACAGUAAUCAAAGAUGUUUCGUCUUACUGGGAGGACUUUGUGGCAUCUACAGUUUAUGUAGCAUUCUAUUCAGUCAUAAAAGAAACAACAAACGACGGUCGUCAUUCAAAACACAAUAAGGAUGAUAGUGGUAAUUCCGGAAAGAAGGAUGAUGCGCCCAAAUACAGGCAUACCAAUGAAAAUGAUUGUGAUGAAUGUGAGCAGCAAGGUGAAACCUGUGCCCAACCAGAGAACAACAACAGUUCCCCAAACGAAGAACAAAUUUUCCGCCUAUGGGAUGUAAGUAACAAAGAUACGAAGAUAUGUACAAUGACAAAAGAUGGCUAUGAUUUAUAUGGAAAGGACUUCAAGUCUCUAGAAUAUCCUUUAAUUAACAAGUCGUAUAUCGUUCCAAAUACAGGAUGGCUCAAUGAUGCAGUAGUUGAUGCAUACCUGACAUUGUUAGUUAAAGAAUGCGCCAAAAAUGGCACACGAUACUUUGCAUUCAAUACCCAAUUCAUUACAAAGCUUCGCUGCAUUUGUUCGCCUCGUAGACAGAAGGAAUUCCAUACCAUGAUAUCAAG